GCUAUUCAUUCGAAAUUGUGUAUUUUCUAAAAUGACUCUUUUAGUUUUUCACGAUAUUAAAAAAAAGUUGUUUUUUAUUUGCGGAUCUAAAAGCUUAUUUAUUUAGAUGUAUUGCUAAACGAUUACAAAAAUGUUUACAACUUUUUUUGAUUGACUUGUUUUAUAAAGUAUACCUAAUAAUAUGUUAAACGGGAAUUUAAACUCAAACUCGUUUUGAUAGUUGAAAUGGAUUUUAUUGAUUAUAACGAUUAUAAUGAUGAUGAUAAUGAUGAUGACUAUUCAGAUUAUGAUGAUAUGGAAGUUGAUUCAGAAUUAAUUAAUGAAGACGAAUUAUUUCUAGAUGAGAACUCUGGAGAUGAAAGUGAAUAUUCAGCAGAUACCAAUGACAGUACAACCAGAGAUUCAAGUGAUCAAAUAUUACCUGUAGAUGUAGUAGAUGACAAUUCCAAUUCAACGGAUUCUCAUACAUCAUCAAAUGCUUCUGCAUCACCUAUGUUAGUUCAACAGAAUGAACCACAUGAUGCCGAACCAACAAUAUCCAACAACACCUCAGCAAAUCAAGAGAGAUCAACGACUGACGAUAUAAGUACUGUAGUUCCAAACAACGAUGAAAGUAUUACCGAUGACGAUGCUUUUUCUUGUCCAAUUUGUUUGGAAGGAUUAACUAAUACUGGUGGACAUAAACCAGCGUGUUUGAAAUGUGGCCAUAUUUUUGGAGAAAACUGUUUACAAAGAUGGAUAAAGACUGGAUGUAAUAGUGAAUCAAGGAGGUGUCCAACGUGUAAUACGAAAGCUUCUCUAAAAGACAUACGAGUGUUAUACACAAAAAAACUAGUGGCAGUGGAUACAGCUGAAUUAACUGCUCUACAAGCUAAGCUUGAAAAAGAAACACGAGAAAAAAACGUAUUAACAAUGGAAGUUGAAAAAUGGAAAAUAAGAUCUGAAAGCUUGAAUAAUGAAUUAAAAAUGCUUAAAGAUUCUGUUGAAAAAGCAGUACAGUCUGGCCAAGGACCAUUUAUUAGCGAGCAAACUUCUAUUCGACAAUGUCUGAAAAAAAUUGUUAUUUGUAAAGAGGUUGGUGGCUGCAGAGUUAUGGCCUUCAACAAAACAAACAUGUUGUUGGCAGUCACAGCACAGUGCGAUAAUCCCUUGUUUAAUGGUACUCAUGGAAUCAGAAAAAUAAACGCAUCUAUACUUGAACUGGCUAAAGGAACUGUUUAUGUGCAUAAAAAACCAAUCCGUGAUAUGAAAUUUCAUCCAGUAGAUAGUAAUUUGUUAGCGUCUGCUAGUUUGGACAAAUUUAUAAAAUUGACUGAUUUUAAUUCAAAUGCAGUUGUAGCAUCCGUUGAAACACCAGAACCCUUGUGGUCGUGCAGUUGGGCCGGUGAUAAUACUAAUAUGUUAGUGGCUGGCAGUCAGAUGGGUUCUUUAUUUUAUGUCGAUCGUAGGUUUAUGAAAUUGGUAGAAUCUGACAUUAAAAGAGCACCCGCUUGUGUUUCAAUUAUUCCGUUGCCACCGUCCUGCAGUCGAUCAUUUAUUUCCGGUGGAUUCCUCAGAACUAGAAUGGAUAUAUUAUCUGCAUUUGAACAAGAAACAGACGCUAUUGCGUACAAAGAAACGCUGUUACCAUUAAAAGGCUUUUGGAGUAGUACAUCAUUUGAUGAAAGCUCAAAUCUUAUUUUGACGUCCGCUAAACCGUGUGGUGCUAAUACGGCCAUGAGGCAUAUUGUUUCAAGGAUAGCAAAUUACAAUGAACCUACCGUAAUACAACCAGUUGUCACGUUUUAUGGUGGUGAUAAAGCUACGCAAAUUUCCCGAUCGUGUUUAGUACCAUCAGGUGGAUCCAAUGAAGAUACAUUAGUGUGUGCUUACGAUGAAAAAGCAAAUCAAGUGAAAUUAUUCAGUGUGAAUUCAUGUAGAAGUAUUCACAAUUUCCACGUCCGUGACACAUUUUUAGAUUUGUGCCAUUUAGAUGGUGUGGUUAAUAAUGGGAGGCGAACCAUAGCUGCAUUAUCAGAAAAAUCGCUGAGCAUUUUCUCAGUUUAAAAUAACUCAUUUAUUUGUAUUAAUUAUAAUAAAAAUGUUUCCUAUAUUUUUAGUUUUUGUUUUAAAAUUUUUUUUAUAUAAUAUACGUAAUAUAAGUUAUUGCUGCCAAUUAUUAAAAGUACAAAUUAAACAAAAAAAAAAAUGUACAUUUAGUUUGGUUUAUAACAUUGACAGAUUCCGUAUUACUGAAGUCUGACCGA